AUGGUGUCCUUUGUGUCUCGGAUCCCUGUGGUCUUCCCCACGGGCGACGCCAACUCUCUGAGCCGCAGCGUGGUCAUGUACGCCUGCAACAAGAACGUGGACCUGGCCAUCCAACAUGGCGGCCCGCCGGCCUGCCCCACCCCUCCUCGGUGCUGAUCACCUACGGCCAGAGCAAAGGCAGCCUCCUCCAACAGCCUGCGCCUCAGCAUCUUCACCCCCAAAGUGCUGAUGAUCUCCACGAACGCGGACGGCUCCCUGAACCAGUGGGAGUCGGCGUUCUCCACCGUUCUUAGCGUGUCCCACAAGUCGCGCUACUGCGGCCACCGCUUCCACCUCAACGCCCUGCGCACCCCCGACGUGGACAGUGUCCUGGCCGCACUCUCCCAGCCCCUCAGGGUCAGGCCAAGCCAGGUGUCCCUGGGCGCCGUUGUCGCAGGACCCCAAUGCCAUUAACAGCGAGCUCAUCCUGUGGAGGUUGGACCCGGUGGAUCCGCUGUCCUUCUCUGGAGGGGUAUCUGAGCUAGCCAGGAUCAAUUCUCUCCACUCCUCCGCCUUCUCCAACGUAGCCUGGCUGCCCACACUCAUCCCCAGCAACUGCCUUGGUAAGGAAGGAGACAGUCAGUGGAUUGACCUUUGAAAACUCUGUAGAUACAAUUACUGUCAGCAGAUUUAAUUGUUUUUCUCCACUGCAGGUGUCUACUGCAACUCACCCAGUGCCUGCUUCGUGGCCAGUGAUGGUCACUCACUGAGGCUCUACCAGGCGGUUAUUGAAGCCAAGAAACAGUGAGCUCUCCAACCCUGAGAUAUCAGUAAUUCGACAACCAGUACAAUCACAAGAUUUUUGUUUUAUCUCAGAUAAAUGUUAUAUUUUUACUCUCACUAAUCUUGGUAUCUACCAAUGAUUAACUGUUAAAAAAAUUAAAAAUUAAAUAUAUAUUUUUUAGAAAUAUGUCGGCAAAUUUUUUAACAUCAUCAGCCUGCAAUCAACCGCUAAACCAGGCUGUAUAAUUGAGCUGGAUGCCAUCACUGACUUCGUAAAUAUACAUCUUUGGAAGACGAAUCUGCACGACAUGCAGAUUUUCACUGACCUUUUUCAGCUCCAUGGUUGGGGUUUGCUAGUCAUAGCGAGCGCACUCGAAUAUUCUACCCACAUGUACAUAUUACCUCAACUACCUCAACUAGCCGGUGCCCCCGCACAUUGACUCUGCAACGGUACCCCCCUGUAUAUAUAGCCUCCCUACUGUCACUUUAUUUUACUUCUGCUCUUUUUUUUCUCAACACUUUUUUUGUUGUUGUUUUAUUUUUACUUUUUUUGUUUAAAAUAAAUGCACUGUUGGUUAAGGGCUGUAAGUAAGCAUUUCACUGUAAUGUCUGCACCUGUUGUAUUCGGCGCAUGUGACCAAUAAAAUUUGAUUUGAUUUGAUAUUCAAUACCUGACUGAAUUCUAUUUUAACACAUUGUUUAAUGGCUCAAUGGACAGAAUGAGUGAAUGGAAUGGUAUCAAACACAUUCCAUUAACUCCAUUCCAGCCAGUAUUAUGAGCCGUCUUCUUCACAGCAGCCUUCACUGAUCUCAAUAAAAAGGUCAGCCAUGCCAUAGAUGUUUUAUACUGCAGCCUAACCAGUACACCUUAAAUCAGGAGGAACUGCCACCAAUUUUCCCUUGGGGACAAUAAAGUCUACCCAAUUAUGUGGUUUGCAACAGGGGAAGGAGACUCAGCUGCUACAUGUAUUUGAGGAGGAUCUCCUUCUGGGCAGUGAUCGGACAGACAACACUCAGGACCUCCCGCUACAGACACUGGUAGGAUAAGGAAACACACUCACUAAUACAACCUUUACUUUGCUCUUGAGUCCCAUCUCAUUCAGUUGUUAUAAACAUGUCAUUGUGUGUUUUGUUUUUCUCCUGCAGCCUCCAGCCAGCCAGGCUUCUCUGCCCGCUUCUUCCUGGUAGUGGUAGAGUUUACCCAGACUGGCAGGUCCCUCCUGCAUAUGUGGCAUCUGCAACUGGCAGCUCUCCCAAUCAUUAUGGGUGUGUACCAACAACUACAGUCAAGGCUUCAUUUCUAUCUGAAAGUGUUGAGCGUUGUGUGCAAGCCAGCUAGCUUUAACUUGGCUCCCAAUUUGUUUUUCUCCUUGACUCAUCUGUUUUUGUGUGUCCUUACAGACGAGACCAGCGCUCCGCCUGAGAGGGCGAAUGUAACCUCAUCACCUCUGAAUUGCCCCUUUAACUUUGACACGUUCAGUUCCCCCGCGGCUCAGAAGAACAAGCCUUGUACAUCCAACCUGCAGAGUGUCUCACCCUGACCACUCACAGGCUGUACAGCUGGGAGCUGGCACUUCCAGACGGUGUGGAGGUGAUUAAUGUCACGCCUUCAGCAGGUAAGAAAGAGCACUGAACCACAGUCACACUGCCCUCCACUCCUGUAUAACGGGGCAGUCCAGUUUGUUCCUCCAUGGGAAUGUAAUCGGCUCACAAAGCGUUGGCUAAUUCUAUUGAACGGAACCAGUUACACAGUUACCGGCGGCAGCACCACCAGGGACUCCAAGCCCUUCAGCAAGGGCGAGAGUUCGGACUACACAGAGAUUGACUCCAUCCCUCCCCUGCCCCUGUACGCGCUGCUGGCGGCCGACGAGGACUGCUCUCCCAAGCCCAAAGACAAGGUGGCCAGCGUGAGUGGGGACAGUGGCCACGGGUCCAGUCAGACGGACGCCUACGAUGACCUCUUCCAGAGCAGCGGGUUGGGUGUGGAGGACUUGGAGCCCAUGGACAGCGACCAGGAGGAUGGCUGUGCUAAGGUCAUAGACCUGUCCCAGUACAGCCCCACCUUCUUUGGGCCCGAGCAUGCUCAGGUCCUAUCCAGCCACCUGCUCCACUCCAGCCUGCCGGGCCUGACCCGCAUGGAGCAGAUGUCCCUCAUGGCCCUGGCCGACACCAUCGCCACCACCAGCGCCGACAUCAGGGAGAGCCAGAGCAAGAGCAAAGUUUCGGCAUCUCACUUAACCCUACACAAACUGCCCUCCAUAGUCCUUCUCCUAAGAAAUUUUGUUUUAUGAACUAAUAUAAACCAUAUCUUAAGAUGGUGUAUUUGUUUUACUCUGGUAGAAAGCCUGUGAGGAGAAGUACUGUAGAUGGUCAUGUUAUUUUCAUUGACUAGGUGGAGAGACAUUGGAUGAGUGCGGUCUGAAGUUCCUGCUGUCUGUGAGGCUCCAUACGUUCCUGCUGACCACCCUGCCCCUUGCCCAUCGCGCCCAGCUGCUCCGACAAGGUAGGCAAGGCUGAACUCAACAGUAUAGCAUACAGCACAGCACAGCACAGCAGCCCACGGAGGUUCAGUUGGUUAGAGCCUUUAUCUUGUUGCGACACUAGACUUGUGGGUUUGACUCCUGCCUGGUCCACCUAUACUGAGUAGCCUAUGUAUUAGGGCUUUCCCCUUAUGGUCAAAUAUCCAAAUGCUAAAAAUACUUACAAAUAUUUUCAUUAACCACAAAUCAGAUUGACUCCAGAUUUGGUAUAUAGACUAUAGAAUUAGCCUCUAAUUUAUUUGAGAAUGAUUAGAUGCUGCAUUCAAAUUCUGCCACGCUUCGCCGCUAGAUGGCACCGUAUCACACCAGGGCUAUAAGAACUGACCCGAUGGACAUGGGGCCAUGAAAUCUGGCAUGUAAACCUUAUGUACAUCUCCUUAGAAUAGCGUUUCCCAAACUCUGCCCUGGGGAACUCAAGGGGUGCAUGUUUUGUUUUUUGCCCUAGCACUACACAGCUGAUUCAAAUAAUGAACUCAUCAUCAAGCUUUGAUUAUUUGAAUCAUCUGUGUAGCGCUACAGCAAAAACCAAAAUAUGCACCCCUUGAGGUCCCCAGGGCAGAGUUUGGGAAAUGCUGCCUUAGAAGCUGUGUGAAUAUAAAGUUACUGCAACCCAUAGAGAAUUAUAGAGCCCUAAAAAAAUAAAAAAAUAAAAAAAGCGAAUGAGGGCUUCCACCAUUUUAAUGUAUUCAACUGGGUGGGACUUCCAACUUCAUUGUCUGAUCCCUCCUGGUGACCCUGUUGGAGUCAUGUCUAACCGAGUCAUCAGGAGGGAUCAGCAAAUUGUGAAGAAGAAAAUGGACUACUUCAAAAUGGAGAUUGCCUCAAUGGCCCUGCCCGUGCUAUGUAGACUUGUGUGAUGAUUGAUUGUCUGAUAACCUGUAUUUGGUUCUCCAGGCUUGUCCACCUGUCACUACGCCUGGCCUUUCCACUCUGAGGCUGAGGAGGAGCUUUUCAACAUGCUGCCUGCCCUGCAGAAGGGAGACCCCACAUGGCCUGAACUACGCGCCAUGGGCGUGGGCUGGUCAGUGUAUUGAAAAGGUGAGCCCAAGUGAUUUCAGAAAGUAUUCACACGCUUUGACGUUUUGCACAUUUUGUUAUGUUCCAGCCUCAAUUUAAAAUUGAUUAAAUUGAAAUGAUGUGUCACUGGCCUACUCACAAUACCCCAUAAUGUCAAAGUGGAAUUGUGUUUUUCAAAUGUUUACAAAUUAAUUUCAAAUGAAAAGCUGAAAUGUCUUGAGUCAAUAAGUAUUCAACCCCUUUGUUAUGGCAAGCCUAAACAAGUUCAGGAGUAAAUAUUUGCUUAACAAGUUACUUAAGUUGCAUGGACUCACUCUGUGUGCAAUAAUAGUGUUUAACAUGAUUUUUGAAUGGCUAACUCAUCUCUGUACCACACACAUACAAUUAUCUGUAAGAUCCCUCAGUCGAGCAGUACAUUUCAAACACAGGUUCAACCACAAAGACCAGGGAGCUUUUCCAAUGCCUUGCAAAGAAGGGCAGAUGGGUAAAAAUAUAAAAAAGCAGACAUUGAAUAUCCCUUUGCGCAUGGGGAAGUUAUUAAUUACUCUUUGGAUGGUGUAUCAAUACACCCAGUCACUACAAAGAUACAGGCGUCCUUCCUAAAUCAGUUGCCGGAGAGGAAGGAAACCAUUCAGGGAUUUCAUGAUGAGGCCAAUGGUGACUUUAAAAUGGUUACAGAGUUUAAUGGCUGUGAUCGGAGAGAACUGAGGAUGGUUCAACAACAUUGUAGUUACCUCACAAUACCAACCUAAAUUACAGAGUGAAAAGAAGGAAGCCUGUACAGAAUAAAAAAUAUUCCAAAAACAUCCAUCCUGUUUGCAACAAGGCACUAAAGUAAAACUGCAAAGAAAUUAACUUUAUGUCCUGAAUACAAAGCAUUAUGUUUGGGGCAAAUCAAACGCAUCACUGAGUACCACUCUUCAUUUAUAUUUUACAUGUUAGUCAUUUAGCAGACGCUCUUAUCCAGAGCGACUUACAGUUAGUGAGUGCAUACAUUUUUCAUACUGGCCCCCCGUGGGAAACGAACCCACAACCCUGGCGUUGCAAGCGCCAUGCUCUACCAACUGAGCUACAGGGGACGUAUUUUCAAGCAUGGUGGUGGCUGCAUCAUGUUAUGGGUAUGCUUGUCAUCGGCAAGGACUAGGAAGUUUUUUUAGGAUAAAAACGGAAUAGAGCUAAGCGCAUGCAAAAUCCUAGAGGAAAACCUGGUUCUGUUGCUUUCCAACAAACACUGGGAGACAAAUUCACUUUUCAGCAGGAAAAUAACCUAAAACACAAGGCCAAAUCUACAGUGGAGUUGCUUACCAAGACUAGUUUUGACUUAAAUCAGUUUGAAAAUCUAUGGCAUGACUUGAAAAUGGCUGUCUAGCAAUGAUCAACAUCCAACUUGACAGAGCUUGAAGAAUUUUAAAAAGAAUAAUGUGCAAAUAUUGUACAAUCGAGGUGUGCAAAGCUCUGACUUACCCAGAAAGACUCACAGCUGUAAUUGUUGCCAAAGUUAAUUCUAACAUGUAUUGACUCAGGGGUGUGAAUUCUUAUGUAAAUGAGAUAUUUCUGUAUUUCAUUUUCAAAAAAUUUGUAAUUAGUCAGGCUGUAACACAACAAAAUUGGAAUAAGUCAAGGGGUAUGAAUACAGGCACUGUACAGUGGGGAAAAAAAGUAUUUAGUCAGCCACCAAUUGUGCAAGUUCUCCCACUUAAAAAGAUGAGAGAGGCCUGUAAUUUUCAUCAUAGGUACACGUCAAUGACAGACAAAAUGAGGGAAAAAAAUCCAGAAAAUCACAUUGUAGGAUUUUUUAUGAAUUUAUUUGCAAAUUAUGGUGGAAAAUAAGUAUUUGGUCAAUAACAAAAGUUUCUCAAUACUUUGUUAUAUACCCUUUGUUGGCAAUGACACAGGUCAAACGUUUUCUGUAAGUCUUCACAAGGUUUUCACACACUGUUGCUGGUAUUUUGGCCCAUUCCUCCAUGCAGAUCUCCUCUAGAGCAGUGAUGUUUUGGGGCUGUCGCUGGGCAACAUGGACUUUCAACUCCCUCCAAAGAUUUUCUAUGGGGUUGAGAUCUGGAGACUGGCUAGGCCACUCCAGGACCUUGAAAUGCUUCUUACGAAGCCACUGCUUCGUUGCCCGGGCGGUGUGUUUGGGAUCAUUGUCAUGCUGAAAGACCCAGCCACGUUUCAUCUUCAAUGCCCUUGCUGAUGGAAGGAGGUUUUCACUCAAAAUCUCACGAUACAUGGCCCCAUUCAUUCUUUCCUUUACACGGAUCAGUCGUCCUGGUCCCUUUGCAGAAAAACAGCCCCAAAGCAUGAUGUUUCCACCCCCAUGCUUCACAGUAGGUAUGGUGUUCUUUGGAUGCAACUCAGCAUUCUAUGUCCUCCAAACACGACGAGUUGAGUUUUUACCAAAAAGUUAUAUUUUGGUUUCAUCUGACCAUAUGACAUUGUCCCAAUCCUCUUCUGGAUGUACUCUAGCAAACUUCAGACGGGCCUGGACAUGUACUGGCUUAAGCAGGGGGACACGUCUGGCAUUGCAGGAUUUGAGUCCCUGGCGGCGUAGUGUGUUACUGAUGGUAGGCUUUGUUACUUUGGUCCCAGCUCUCUGCAGGUCAUUCAUUAGGUCCCCCCGUGUGGUUCUGGGAUUUUUGCUCACCGUUCUUGUGAUCAUUUUGACCCCACGGGGUGAGAUUUUGCGUGGAGCCCCAGAUCGAGGGAGAUUAUCAGUGGUCUUGUAUGUCUUCCAUUUCCUAAUAUUUGCUCCCACAGUUGAUUUCUUCAAACCAAGCUGCUUACCUAUUGCAGAUUCUGUCUUCCCAGCCUGGUGCAGGUCUACAAUUUUGUUCCUGGUGUCCUUUGACAGCUCUUUUGUCUUGGCCAUAGUGGAGUUUGGAGUGUGACUGUUUGAGGUUGUGGACAGGUGUCUUUUAUACUGAUAACAAGUUCAAACAGGUGCCAUUAAUACAGGUAACGACUGGAGGACAGAGGAGCCUCUUAAAGAAGAAGUUACAGGUCUGUGAGAGCCAGAAAUCUUGCUUGUUUGUAGGUGACCCAAAUACUUAUUUUCCACCAUAAUUUGCAAAUAAAUUCAUUAAAGAUCCUACAAUGUGAUCUUCUGGAUUUUUUUUUCUCAUUUUGUCUGUCAUAGUUGACGUGUACCUAUGAUGAAAAUUACAGGCCUCUCUCAUCUUUUUAAGUGGGAGAACUUGCACAAUUGGUGGCUGACUAAAUACUUUUUUUCCCCACUGUACAUCUUUACAUAUAUAGUUAUUGAUUGCCUUAUUCUUUGAGAUUCAAAAGUAGGACAAAGUCAGGUUUUGCUGCACUACUGAAUUAAGUAUUAUAAAUGAGCGUGUGUGGAAUGACCUAUAUAUUAAUGUAUUUUUAUACCUCUGUUGUUCAUCAGGUAGCAAAAGCAUCUUUUCAAAGGCAGAACGAUCCUCUGGACGCUGCCAUAUUCUAUCUCGCUAUGAAAAAGAAAGCGGUGGUCUGGGGACUGUACAGGUAAUGUCUUUGAGAAGUUCUUGAAUAUCAUUCCCCAAAACCCUUGACAAGAUUGGAACAAUUCUUUCACAUUCUAGAAAGUCUAAUGACAACCUUUGUUGUACCGUCAAGGUCUCAGAAGAAUGUCAAAAUGACAGCUUUCUUCAGCAACAACUUCAGUGAGGACCGGUGGAGAAUGGCUGCCUUAAAGAACGCCUUCUCUCUGCUGGGGAAGCAGCGCUUCCAGCACUCUGCAGCUUUCUUCCUACUGGCAGGCUCCCUCAAGGAUGCUGUGGAGGUAAAAAUGUCCUCAUAUUGCUGUAAGCAGAUAGAUCUGAUGUCCUUAGUGUGCCACCUUUUUCAUACAAAGAUUUUCAGGAGAGAGGUAGCUACAGUACCUCUUUUUCUUCUUAAAUAAUAAAAUACAAAUGUGUGUUUUUGAGCAUUUUAUGCAAAUGACGUCUGGCCAGGCCAAGGGUAGAGGUGACCUUGUUUGAUAUUCCUGUGAGGUAAUUCUCCGUGCUGCUACUGCAAUUGCUUUCAACAGUAAUGCUCGGUGGGGGUCGGCUUGCCUUGUACAGGUUUGCCUGGAAAAGAUGCAGGACCUGCAGCUGGCCCUGGUAAUCUCCCGGCUAUACGAGUCCGAGUUUGAGACGUCCUCCACCUACAAGCGCAUCCUGCAGAAGCACGUGCUGGGCCAAGCCUGCCAGCUGCCUGCCCACCAGGACCCUUUCCUGCGCAGCAUGGCCUACUGGGUACUGGAGGACUACAGCCGGGCACUUCACACUCUGCUGGGGCAGCCUGCUGCCCCAAACCCAGGCUCCUUCACUCAGGCUGGCCACAGCACUCAGCCUGGUAGUAGUCCGAGAAUGAUCUUUUUCACUUCGUAGAUUUGUGGUUCAAUCAUUUUGUAGGUUAUUUGGAGGUCAAUUAAUGAUAGAGCUGUGCUUUGCAGGUACCUCAUCCAUGUCCCCUUCUAACCCUGAGGUUUUCAACUUCUACACCUACCUCCGGACACAUCCGCUAUUGCUGCGCCGCCACUUCGGCUCGUCUGAGAAGGCCAGAGUUGGUCUGACGGCGGAAGGCCGCAUGGCCCACUCCAUAAGCCUGGUGGAGAGGAGGCUGUUCUUCACGGCAGCCUACGCUCACCUGCAGGCUGGCUGCCCAUGCUGGCCCUGGAGGUCCUCUCCAAAAUGCCCAAAGUCCUCAAAAGAUCCAAGCUCCACCAGGACGAUCCCACCAACCCCGACCUGAGCGAGACGAAAAAGGUGCAGGCGUCAGAGUUGGACUGGUCUCAGCCCGUCUUGAACGGGUUCAAGUCUGUGUCGGAUAGCUUGUCCAACUGCCAGUCGGACUCUGUGCUGAGUUUUGACUGGAGCGAGCCCUCUGUGGCCGUUCAGGAUGAAGCCCUGGAGCUGAAAUGGAACAGCGACGAGGAGGAGGACGAUGAUUAUGAACCACAGGGCUUGGCAAUGAAAAACACCAGCACUGAUAACAACAGCAGCGUCUUCCAGGAACGCCAUCUCUCUUUUGACGGAGACACCGCUAGAAGAAGACGACAUCCUAUUGCCCUCGGAGGACAUCCUGGCCGCUCAGCUCAAGUUCAGCGCAUGCCUGAAGAUCCUGACCACAGAACUACAGACGCUGUCCACGGGGUACGAGCUGGACAGGGGGAAGCUGGGCUACCAGCUGUGCCAGUGGCUGGAGAGGGAGGUGGUUGCCCUGCAGAGGUGCUGCAACCCUGCCUGCCGGAGCUGGCCCAGAGCAUGGAAGGACCAGGGGGAGAGGAGGAGGUCCAGGCCCAGCCUGGAGAGGCCCAGUGCACCCGCAGAUACUGGCUUCAGAGCAACCAGCCUCUCCUGCGCAUGUUCCUCAGCUACUGCAGCCUGCACGGCUCCCACGGGGGAAGGCCUGGCCUCCGUGCGCAUGGUGCUCAUCCUGCUGCUGCAGAAGUCCCAACAGGUACAGCACAAUGUAUGUUGUCAAUCUUACACAUAGGCUGCAUGUUGUCAAUCUUAUCAUAAAUAGGAGCAAAUGGAUACAAUAUCCGCAUACUAGUAAUUAAACCCUUCAAACAAAAAACUAUCUUAGUUGUGAGGCACUUGCAUCUCAGUACUUGACAGCAAGUUCUCAGAGGAGGGAUAGGAAGGAAGCAUAACUACACAAACACUGAAGCGAAGAACCGUAACAAAACAAAAGAGUGUUGUUUUAGUCUGAGCCUGGUGUUUGCCUUAAAGCAGCAAACCGUGGUUUCCAGCGGGUGGCUUGGGGUUUCAUGUAGCUGAUAGGUGACAUCUCCAGUGUGUGGCUGUGACAGGCGGGGCUGAUUCUCAUUCUCUGCUCUCUUCCCUUCUGAGAGGCCUCGUCCUACAUUUAGGGAGAUUUGGAGAAAUAUGCUUCGCGUCACAGACACCAGGAACACACACUACUCUCCUCUGAAGCCUUCGGAACAUCAAAUGCUCCUGUCAUACCACGACAGGAACUCCUCUGACUCGUCUGUCUGAUUACUUACUAAAGCAGCAAGUCUCUGAUCUGACGCGUGAACCGCAUUUGCUAUAUUUAUUUCCACGCUUCGCUUUGAGAGUUGUUUGUUAGGAUGUUUAUUCAGUUUAUGUAUUUUCUUUGUUAGUGUGUGUGUGUGCGCAUGUGUGUGCUGACGGUCUUCAUUCAGUCACGCCAUACUACUUUAUGUCCGCAGGAUGACCGUGUCCAGAUGGCCAUAGUCCCCUACCUCCCCAUCUCUCUCCUGCUGGCGUACACUGCCAGCGCCAAAACGGUGGUGGCCAACCCCAUCGUCCAUCUGACCAACCACACCCACGACAUCCUGCACACCAUAAACGCACUGGACUCCCCGCCACACCCAGACGUCAUCAACAACGAGGUCAGACACAUGCUUAUACACCCAAGGCUAUCAUGCACUUUCUUGAACUACACACAAAGAUCAUGUUAAUACAUUUGGUAGUAAUGUGCUUUAAAUAUGAGAACAGGGGGCAAAAAUAGUCAGAAGCGUUUGAGUUUAGAUUUUGUGAUGUAGAGAUCAAUUAUUGGGUGAGUUGAUGGAUUGGAGGGAGUGUUCCACUGAUCCUAAUGUAUCUGAUGUAUGAAUUCCUCCUGCUCUUUCAGAUCUAUGUGACGCACACACUGGCAGCCUCACUGUCCGCCUGCAUAUACCAGUGUCUUGUGACGGCCACAACUACAGGUGAGUCUGGAUCCUAACACCCACCUCUUUGCUCUGUGCACUUGAUAUCUGUACUAGAAUGUCACAUAACCAUAACCAUGCUGGGAAAUGCACAUUAGGCAACAUUUCAGACAUUUGAACUACACGGUGCAUCUGAUCUUGACAAUCUACCUCUCAGUGUAUGUAAUAAUCAUACAAUUAUGAAUUAUAAUUAUAAUGUUAUCUGAUCCUAGAACAGCAACAAGGAAAAAGUGUGUAAAGUUAAGUAGAGCUUUUUUACUUACUCGUUUAGUGGUUGGAAUGACCUUAUUAAAAUAGGACCCAUGUGACCAGGGCUCGAGACUAACUUCUUUCAUCACCGUCCUGAAGUGUGAUUUCAACCGCCCCAAUUAAAAUACUUACUUUUUUAAAAAAUGAUUUGAUAUGCCAACAUGGGUCUACUUUAGGACCUAGGUUUAAAAGCCUAAUAAGAGUAGCCUACUACUGAAAUAGAUAAAUGGGGCUGUCAACUGAGCCAGAAAUGUGCAUAACAAAAUGUGCCUCAUUGGAAUAAUAUUCAAAUCUAUUUUGCAUAAAUGUUCAUAAAUAAUUAGCCUACAUGUCAAAGUGUAGCCUAGGUGCAGUGGUGGUCAGUGCUGUUUAAGAUGAGGGAGGAUGAAAUUUGAGUAAUCAAGGUGACAGAAAUUGAUACAUUCAAUACCGCCUUGCACACUCUUGCCUGCAUCUAGCUGAUCUAGGGUGUAAUCAUUAGUCCAACAGUUGUAAACGAGAGUUUCUAUUGGACAAAUUCUGGUAUAUUUAUCUCAGUUCCGUUUGCUUUCGUUUAUGAACGUUUUUCAACAGAAUCGGUGGAAUGAAUGCACCCCUCAUCAUACGCAAAUACAGUUCACUGUAAUAGCAGCCACAUUAAAAAACAUGAAUCCUUUGAUCGUUGUAUUCUUUCUCGCAUCUACACGCUCUCCUCUCACCUUUUCUCUUCGCUUGUGGAAUUCAGUGCACAACACAUCAGCUUCCUGUGACCAGGCGAAAAAAGCUUUCCAAGCCAAACCAUAUCAUAACCGCUAACCGCUACACACAACCUACAUCUUUGUCACCAUAUUACUGUCAUAGUCAACAUAGCUACUAGAAUUCAUGUGUUAGUAAACCCCCUACAAUCAUUUUUAUGUAGUACAGUGUAAAGUAAGUAGCAAGCAGUUUAGGAGUUACGUACUCCAGGUACGUUUCGUUCAGAUCAAAUGGUCACGAGCGGCGAGAAAGACCAGGGCCUAUUGCGCAACGCACACAUCACCCACCUUGCAAUCUGAGUGGAGGCAGUCAGCAUUGUUAAACAACACUGAACAAACAUAUAAACGCAACAUGAAAGUGUUGGUCCCAUGUUUCAUAAGCUGAAAUAAAGCUUCUCUAGCAUAAGCCACCUCAGUCAUUUUAGAGAAUUUGGUAGUGCGUCCAACCGACCUCACAACAGCAGACCACAUGUAUGGCGUUGUGUGGGCGAGCAGUUUGUUCACAACAUUGACAUCAGCAGAGUGCCCCAUGUUAGCGGUGGGGUUAUGGUAUGGGCAGGCAAGCUACGGACAAUGAACACAAUUGCAUUUUAUCGAUGGCAAUUUGAAUGCACAGAGAUACCAUGAUGAGAUUCUGAGGCCUAUUGUCGUACCAUUCAUCAACUGCCAUCACCUCAUGUUUCAGCAUGGUAAUGCACGGCCCCAUGUCGCAACAAUCUGUGCACAAUUCCUGGAAGUUGAAAAUGUCCCAGUUCAUCCAUGGCCUGUAUACUCACCAGACAUGUCACCCAUUGAGCAUGUUUGGGAUGCUCAGGAUCUACUUGUACGACAGCGUGUUCCAGUUUCCGCCAAUAUCCAGCAACUUCGCAUAGCCAUUGAAGAGUAGUGGGACAACGUUCCACAGGCCACAAUCAACAGCCUGAUCAACUCAAUGCGAAGGAGAUGUCGCGCUGCAUGAGGCAAAUGGUGGUCACACCAGAUACUGACUGGUUUUCUGAUCCACGCCCCUAUCUUUUUUUAAAGAUAUCUGUGACCAACAGAUGCAUAUCUGUAUUCUUAGUCAUGUGAAAUCCAUAGAUUAGGUGCCGAAUACAUUUCAUUUCAAUUGACUGAUUUCCCUAUAUGAACUGUAACUCAGUCAAAUCUUUGAAAUUGUUGCAUGUUCCGUUUAUAUUUUUGUUCAGUGUGUGUGUGUGUAUGUACGUGUGUAUGUGUGUGUGUGUGUGUAUAUAUAUAUACCCAUUGAUUCUUAAAGAAUAUAACCCAGAAAUGCCUCAUAAGCUUAGUUCAACAGCCAUACCCCUUCAGAACCCAAAAUAUAAGCUUGUUUUACGCCAAUGUUUGUAAACACUAUAAUUUUGAUAUCAUGGAUGGUCAGUCCUUGUAUCCAUGGCUCUAUGAAUUUGAGAGUGGUUACAUUUCUCCAACCCCAUCCUUCAGCUUUUUACUAAAACAGGGGCGGGGAUUGGCCUUUGUUAUUGUUUCAACUGCUGAUUGCCGCUUUAAGAUGCUUUUAGGAAACCGGGCCCUGAUCUGUUGCAUCAGCCUCAUUGAUAAAAAAAAAAAUUUACAGCGGUUGAAUGAAUUUUGGAUCUAUUGUCCCUCCACCUGCCCUUGGCAUUUCAAAGCCCACAGAUCUGUAAAUGAGUGCGUACUUUGUUUUGAACUGUGCCCAACAGUUCCUCCUCUCGUGUGUACAAUGAAGCGAUGCAGUCAGACUAAAUUAGCUUUUUCUAAUUGAACACCCCCUUUGUUAUGCUAAUGCUUUUUAAAAAAUCCCACCACAGUCGUGUCAGAGGUUUGUCGAAAAGGUUCACUCUAAAGUUAACCCACAGUCGGUGAUUCCGUCUGGCGAACAUCUGAAAAGCUUUGUUAGCUUUUUAUAUUGUCUCACUGCAGACUACAUGAUUCCAUAUGUGUUAUUUCAUAGUUUUGAUGUCUUCACUAUUAUUCUACAAUGUAGAAAAUAGUAAAAAUAAAGAAACCCUUGAAUCAGUAGGUGUUCUUAAACUUUCGACCGGUACUGUAUGUUAUUUACGUAAGUAUUCAGACCCUUUGCUAUGAGACUCGAAAUUGAGCUCAGGUGCAUCCUGUUUCCAUUGAUCAUCCUUGAUGUUUCUACAACUUGAUUGGAGUCCACCUGUGGUAUAUUCAAUUGAUUGGUCAUGAUUUGUAAAGGCACACCUGUCUAUAUAAGGUCCCACAGUUGACAGUGCAUGUCAGAGCAAAAACCAAGCCAUGAGGUCGAAGGAAUUGUCCGUAGAGCUCCGAGACAGGAUUGUGUCGAGGCACAGAUCGGCUGAAGGGUACCAAACAUUUCUGCAGCAUUGAAGUUCCCCAAGAACACAGUGGCCUCCAUCAUUCUUAAAUGGAAGAAGUUUGGAACCACCAAGACUCUUCCUAGAGCUGGCCGCCCGGCCAAACUGAGCAAUCGAUGGAGAAGGGUCUUGGUCAGGGAGGUGACCAAGAACCCGAUGGUCACUGACAGAGCUCCAUAGUUCCUCUGUGGAGAUGGGAUACCCUUCCAGAAAACAACCAUCUCUGCAGCACUCCACCAAUCAGGCCUUUAUGGUGGAGUGGCCAGAUGGAAGCCACUCCUCAGUAAAAGGCACACGACAGCCCGCUUGGAGUUUGCCAAAAGGCACCUAAAGGACUCUGACCAUGAGAAAUAAGAUUCUCUGGUCUGAUGAAAUCAAGAUUGAACUCUUUGGCCUGAAUGCCAAACGUCACAUCUGGAGCAAACCUGGCACCAUCCCUACGGUGAAGCAUGGUGGUGGCAGCAUCAUGCUGUGGGGAUGUUUUUCAGCGGCAGGGACUGGGAGACUAGUCAUUAUUGAGGGAAACAUGAACGGAGCAAAGUACAGAGAGAUACUUGAUGAAAACCUGCUCCAGAGCGCUCAGGACCUUAGACUGGGGCGAAGGUUCACCUUCCAACAGGACAACAACACUAAACACACAGCCAAGACAAUGCAGGAGUGGCUUCGGGACAAGUCUCUGAAUGUCCUUGAUUGGCCUAGCCAGAGCCCGGACUUGAAUCCAAACUAACAUCUCUGGAGAGACCUGAAAAUAGCUGUGCAGCGACGCUCCCCAUCCAGUCUGACAGUGCUUGAGAGGAUCUGCAGAGAAGAAUGGGAGAAACUCCCCAAAAACAGGAGUGCCAAGCUUGUAGGGUCAUACCCAAGAAGAUUCAAGGCUGUAAUCGCUGCCAAAGGUGCUUCAACAAAGUACUGAGUAAAGGGUCUGAAUACUUAUGUAAAUGUGAUAUUUCUGGGUUUUUAAAAAAUAUAUAUUUGCAAAAAGUUCUAAAAACCUGUUUUUGAUAUGUCAUUAUGGGGGAUUGUGUGUAGAUUGAUGAGGGGAUCUUUUUUAAAAUCCAUUUUAGAAUAAGGCUGUAAAGUAACAAAAUGUGGAAAAAGUCAAGGGGUCUGAAUACUUUCCGAAUGCGCUGUACAUAUAGCAAUUUCCCCUUGUUCACAUAUCCAUGGAACUUCCCCUUCCUUUAUGCUUAAUGACCUGGGUGUCCUUGAUUUGUUUUUGUGUCCCAGCCAUGUGAAUCAGUUCACAGGGAUAGUGUACCAGAGUAUCCUUCUCUCCCAGCACCACCCGGUACGCACCGUGAGCAUGGAGGAGACUGUCCUGCUCAACACCUCCCCAGCACAGUGGCCAGGUAAACCCACUUCCACAACACACCUCUGUCAUUUCACAGAGAUGAGCCCCAUGUAUCAUGUCUGGAGAACCAUCGCUACAUCAACGCCACGGUCGUCAACAUUUAGUCCUAAACAUACAACCUUAAAGGAUCACUUUACAAAAAGAAAAAGUUGUAUUUGAUUUAUUAAGUGCACUGUUGAUAUGGUCUUAAAAUGUUGCAUGUCAGCAGUAAAGUUUUCAAGCACUUUCAGUAAAAAGCAAGAAGUGUGAGGAUUAGUUUUGAUGCUUUAAUCCUACUCAAUUCAUUUUCUCUCUCUCCCUCACUCACCAUCUCUCUCUUUCUCUGUGUUUUAGGUAUCGGUGCUCUGAUCCUCCUGGUGAAGAGAGCCAGCCCGGCCUGGCCGUGUUACUGUGUGAGAUCCUGACGGCCGUCUUCCUCAUCCUGUUUGUACACGGCCUGGCGACCCACUCCAGCAACGAGCUGUUCCGCAUCGUAGCCCACCCGCUCAACAGCAAGCUGUGGGUGGCCGUGUUCGGAGGGGGGGCAUGCACCCCCGUCACAGAGAAGCCCAGCCCGGCCAAGUCACCCCCAGGUCUGCUAUCCGUGUGCGGGUAGUGUGUGUGUGUGUGUGUGUGUGUGUGUGUGUGUGUGUGUGCACAAGCCAGAUGUUAGAGGCUGAUGUUGCUGGAAUGAAGGGCGGGCAACUCCGGGCCUUGUGGUCCCCAGUGUGUGCAGGUUUUUGUUCCAGCCCAGUAUGAACUCCCCCGAUUCAAAGAAUAAUGGUCUGUUGAAGAUCAUGGUUGGUUGAAUUGGGUGUAUUACAGCUGGGCUGGAACAACAGCUUACACACACUGCAGCUCUUGUAGCCCACCUAUACUGUAACUAGAUCUCAUUCAUAUCUUGAAUUAUGUCAGUCUUACACACCUAUUAUAAAUCAUGACUACACUGAAAAAUGGCAAGUCCACUACAUCAAAUGUGUGUGUGGUUCAGUCUCAACAGCCAGUGAGGGGUCAGACAGGAAGUAUAAGCGGUUCAAGCUGCUGUCGUCACGCAGUGCCUCCAGAGAGGGGCCAGCCAGCUCCGUGGUGGAGCAAGAGACCUCCAUCUUCAAAGAGCACUUUGUCUCCCCGGAGCUCAGCAUCUCUCUGGGGAAGAUAUGCUUGUUUUCUGUGUACUUUGAGUUGAAAGUACUGUUCUUAAUGUCACAGAGGAAUGCUGGUGUGUUCUGAGAGAAGUUUUUUUAAGGGUUUGUGUUUUGUGUGUGUGCACGUCUGUGUGUUAGAUCUACCCGUGGUCUCUCCUCUGUGACGCGGUGCUGAAGACACUGCAGCGCUGGGAGCAGGUGUUGCUGAAGAGGCUGGAGAUCUUCGGGGGGCCGCCCUCCAAGUACAUCUCAACACACCCUCUGGACAAGACUGGUGCCUCGGGCUCCGUCAUCCUCAGACACAAAGCCAUGUUUGAGCCCUCCAACACACCCUUCAGGGGUGCUCGAAACACAUCUCCAAACGGGAAUUCUCUGUAUAUUGAUAAAUCGUUUGCCAUAACAUUCAGUAAUUGUAUGUUUUCGGUAUGCCACAGAAUGCCAUAAAUUCUUAUUGGAAGUGAGCCUGUGUGAGCUAUCUAACCGAGGGGAGUGUUGUGUUGUGUGGCUGCAGGUCCAGUCACCACUCUGCCCUGCCUGUGAAGAGGCUGUGGCAGUACCUGGUCAAACAGGAGAAGGUGCAGGAGACCUUCAUCCGCAACAUUUUCACAAAGAAACGAGACCAAAACGAGGUAGCUACCGCUUCGCUUUGCCCACCCACUGCAUGCUGCAGACAGCUGAGCACUUGCACAUUGAAAACUGUCACUGAAUAAAAUCUAAAACAGCUCUUCUAGUCCCAGAGAGAGUGUCAUUACCUUUGUAUGUCAUUGUUGAUGCAUUUGUGCUUUUUGUUUUGCAUGCCCCUUUUAUUUGUAUCCUAAUUGCCUUUUUACAUUUUGGUGUAUAAUAUUUUUCAACCCUGAUAAUUAACCGUCUAAUUCUAGAUUUGUGUGUUUACUGUUGACUCUGCAUGAAUCGUCACAUUGUUUUGUCUGAUUGUGGGAUUCUCAAAUUAUUAAGUCGGUUGAGGACCACAAUGAAAAUGACAAAUGUUCAGGGAUGGAGGAGCCUUGCUGCAACCCAGGUACUGCUUUGGAUCAUUUUGGUGGUGGGGGUUUAUGGGUUGUAAUUAUCAUGUUGAUUGACCAGUAAAACCAUCCAGUUUUCUUCCUGUGUUUUAUUGACAACUGUGCAAUACGAAAGUCUAUUUCCGCCUCCACUUCAAUGUCUAUUUCUUCUGGUUUUGAUUGGACUUGAAGAUUAUAUCAUAAAAUUCAUGAACACGAUGUCAUUUAAGAUAUGUAGAUAAAAAAUAUAUUAGUGGAUUAAUUUAAUUCUACCUAAUGCCUUUUAUGAAGCUUUUCGAUUGUGGCUUCGUUAUUGUGCGGUUUGCCUUGAAGACCAUUUUAAAAAAACUAAAAAAGAGUGGAAACUGACAUCUCACUUUCCCAACUUAUUAUUCAUUUGGCAAAUUUCCUAAAUUCUUUGAAUUAAUUAAACGAAUUAGUUAAGCAAUUUGGCCCAUUUAAAAAUAAAGCAGCAAUGGUUUUAUUGAAAUGUUAUUAGUAUGAGCUUAAUAAGUGGAUCACAAAGGCAAUCGGAGAUCUUAAUGAAUUUUAUAGUGCACAGCUUAAAGGAUGUUGGCAAUGAGGCCCUUUAUCUAUUUCCCCAGAGUCUGAUGAACAAAUGCAUACCAGUUUUAUGUCUGUGUCCAGUAUGAAGGAAGUUGGAGGUACUGUAGUUUUGUGAGCCAAUGCUAACUAGUGUUAGCGCAGUGACUUGAAGAUUGCUAGCGAUAUAUAAAUGGUAUCCACGAGUUCAUCUGACUCUGGGGAAGUAGCUAAAGGGCCUCAUUGCCAAAAUCCCAAAGUAUCCCUUUAAUUAAGAAUUGAAAAAAUAUAUGUACUGUCACAGUAUAGCACUAUAUGAAAGACUUUACCAUGCUUUCAUCUGAAAGUGAUAGUAGAUUCACCACAUAUACAGUCCUGUGGGUAUAUAUGGUGUGAAUUUACCUCAUAAAACAUUUUCAGAAUUAAUUAUUUUACAUUACUCUGUGAUACAAAUUGUCUAUACUGGAUUAGGUUACCAUAGUGCCUCCCAUAGCUCACUAACUAAUUACACAGAAUGUGCAGAGGAGAGUGAUACUCUCAUGAAGUCUAAUAGGUUCUGAUUAGCAGGCUCACAGUGUCACGAUGAAUGUUCAUCAGGUUAAGAUUAAGUCCUAUGUGAAAAUGGUAUGUCACCAUAUUUAGAUCUCACAGUCAAGCAGAACACUCUUGACAGGAAAAUGUGGUCUUUUCCAUUUAAAUAAUUGUGAUGUAGAAUGUAAUUCAACCUAAUGUUCUAUAAAAGCCUCUGUCCUCGCGUCAUUAUAUCUCUAUACAUUAUACAAUAAUACGCCCAUCUCAUUGGCUCUAUAUGUGCUAUGUCUCUUAUACUGAGGAUUGUCAAAGGCCAUGCUAACAAUCGCACUAAUCCUGAUAUAACUGUGUGGCCUUGAUGCUCUAUAGUCUCUCAACCUGUAGCCCUGAGGCAAAGCUCUAUUACAGAUACACACGUCAUCCUCCCACCAGAGAUGGGCAUGAGUUGUCCAUUCAUCUCCCACCACUGUUCCUUUAGGUCACACUUUAAUCUUUCAGAUGUGCAGAGAAUGCAGAAUGAUUCAUGUGUUGCUCUACAGGUCGAUGCAGAUCUGGGCUACCCCAGAGGCAAGGCCCGAAUCAUCCACAAGGAGUCGGACAUCACUACUGCCUUCGCCAUCAACAAGGUACCACACAUGUUAUAGGAUAGGUUAGGAUGAACUUUAAUGUCCCAAGGGGGAAGUUGUCUUAGACACACAGUACUGCUGUAUACAAAAUAGACACAGCCUGGAGGUGUGUUGGGUCAUUGUCCUGUUGAAAAACAAAUGAUAGUCCCACUAAGCCCAAACCAGAUGGGAUGGCGUAUUGCUGCAGAAUGCUGUGGUAGCCAUGCUGGUUAAGUGUGCCUUGAAUUCUAAAUAGAAGUGUUUCGGCCCUCCAGGACCGGAAUUGAAGAACCCUGCCCUACACCCACAGCAGCCCAGGGACGCCCAUCAACAUGCCCUGGCUCGGGGGCCUGCAGACGGGGAGAGGUGCUGCCGUGGUGAGGCGCUGCCGUGGUGAGGCACAUGGAGCCUUUACUGUGGUUCCUUGUUUUUACCAAUGAUAUACAGUGCAACACAAUGCAGUAAAUUCUACUCAUUCUACAUGACCAAAAGUAUGUGGACAUCUGCUCGUUGAACCAGUAGCUCUAUUUUUGUCUCAUCAGACCACAUGACCUUCUCCCAUUCCUCCUCCGGAUCAUCCAGAUGGUCAUUGGCAAACUUCAGACGGGCCUGGACAUGCACUGGCUUGAGCAGGGGGACCUUGCGUGCGCUGCAGGAUUUUAAUCUAUGACGGCGUAGUGUGUUACUAAUAGUUUUCUUUGAGACUGUGGUCCCAGCUCUCUUCAGGUCAUUGACCAGGUCCUGCCGUGUAGUUCUGGGCUGAUCCCUCACCUUCCUCAUGAUCAUUGAUGCACCACGAGGUGAGAUAUUGCAUGGAGCCCCAGACCGAGGGUGAUUGACCGUCAUCUUGAACUUCUUCCAUUUUCUAAUAAUUGCGCCAACAGUUGUUGCCUUCUCACCAAGCUGCUUGCCUAUUGUCCUGUAGCCCAUCCCAGCCUUGUGCAGGUCUACAAUUUUAUCCCUGAUGUCCUUACACAGCUCUCUGAUCUUGGCCAUUGUGGAGAGGUUGGAGUCUGUUUGAUUGAGUGUGUGGACAGGUGUCUUUUAUACAGGUAACGAGUUCAAACAGGUGCAGUUAAUACAGGUAAUCAGUGGAGAACAGGUCUGUGAGAGCCGGAAUUCUUACUGGUUGGUAGGUGAUCAAAUACUUAUGUCAUGCAAUAAAAUGCAAAUUAAUUACAUAAAAAUCAUACAAUGUGAUUUUCUGGAUUUUUGUUUUAGAUUCCGUCUCUCACAGUUGAAGUGUACCUAUGAUAAAAAUGACAGACCUCUACAUGCUUUGUAAGUAGGAAAACCUGCAAAAUCGGCAGUGUAUCAAAUACUUGUUCUCCCCACUGUAAUUCCAAAAUCAUGGGCAUUCAUAUGGAGUUGGUCCCCCUUUUGCUGCUGUAACAGCCUCCACUCUUCUGGGAAGGCUUUCCACUAGAUGAUGGAACAUUGCUGCGGGGAAUUGCUUCCAUUCAGCCACAAAUGAGUGAGGUCGGGCACUGAUGGUGGGCGAUUAGGCGUGGCUCGCAGUCUGUGUUCUUAUUCAUCCCAAAGGUGUUCAAUGGGAUUGAGGUCAGGGCUCUGUGCAGGCCAGUCAAGUUCUUCCACACCUAUCUCGACAAACCAUUUCUGUAUGGACCUCGCUUUGUGCACAGAGGCAUUGUCAUACUAAACAGGAAAAGGCCUUCCCCAAACUGUUGCCACAAAGUUGGAAGCACAGAAUCGUCUAGAAUGUCACUGUAUGUUGUAGCAUUAAGAUUUCCCUUCACUGAAACUAAGGGGCCUAGCCCGAACCAUGAAAAACAGCCCCAGACCAUUACUACUCCUCCACCAAACUUUACAGUUGGCACUAUGCAUUCGGGCUGGUAGCGUUCUGGCAUCCACCAAACCCAGAUUCGUUUGUUGACUGCCAGAUGGUGAAACGUGAUUCAUCACUCCAGAGAACUCAUUUCCUCGGCCAUGGAAACCCAUUUCAUGAAGCUCCCGACGAACAGUUAUUGUUCUGACGUUGCUUCCAGAAGCAGUUUGGAACUUGGUAGUGAAUGUUGCAACCGAGGACAGACAAUUUUUUACGUGCUUCAGCACUCGGCGGUCCCGUUGUGUGCCACUUCGCGGCUGAGCCGUUGUUGCUCCUAGACAAUUCCACUUCACAAUAACAGCACUUACAGUUGACUGGGGCAGCUCUAGCAAGGCAGAAAUUUGACGAACUGACUUGUUGGAAAGGAGGCAUCCAAUGAUGGUGCCACAUUGAAAGUCGCUGAGCUCUUCAGUAAGGCCAUUCUACUGCCAAUGUUUGUCUAUGGAGAUUGCAUGGCUGUGUGCUCGAUUUUAUACACCUGUCAGCAACGGGUGUGGCUGAAAUAGCCGAAUCCACUAAUUUGAAGGGGUGUCCAUAUACUUUUGUAUAUAUAAUGUAUGUCUUGUAGAGUUUCGGUCGAAGUAUCAUGUCCUUGUAUUAUCUCGUGCAGCUCAUCAAAAGGAACAUCAACAAUGUGAGAAGGAUGACCUCCCACCCUACCUUGCCUUACUGUAAGUAGAUGUGGAAUGAUUCCUGCUUUCAUACAGUUACUGGAAACUCCACGUCUGUGUGUACCAUGUCUAUUUUAUUUAGUCCUGAAUGUUCUCAUCCGUCCCUUAUGCUAAUAUUCCAAGAAUUUACACAGUUUGCUUAUUCAUCAAUAAUACAUUGGGAUUGGGGAAUCGCAUUGUUAUGGUUUUGAUUUCACUCCCCCUCCCUCAGACCUAACAGGAGCGCAGGAUGGAAGUGUCCGGAUGUUUGAGUGGGGCCACUCUUAAGCAGAUCAUCUGCUUCCGAAGUCCAGGCAAUUCUAGAGUCACACGGAUACGAUUCAACCACCAAGGAAACAAGGUACGAGCCGUUUCCCUGCACAGGAGAAUAUUAGCCUCCUUAACUCUGUGUCCCAAAUGGCACCCUAGUCCAUUUAUUGUGCAUUACCUUUGACCAGGGCCCAUAGGAAUCUGGUUCGAAAGUAGUGCUCUAUAAAGGGAAUAGGAUGCCAGUUGGGACGCAUCCUUAGUUUACAUCAAUGUUUUCCCCAUCCAACUCCGUCCUUCAAACACAUGGCCACUGCUGAUGAAAUGAUUUAGUUGCUUGACAUACCGCUACUCCCAAGUGGAAUUCUCGUCCUAAUAGGAUCUUCAUUGUGUUGUCCAGUUUGGUAUCGUUGACGGUGAUGGAGCUCUGAGUCUAUGGCAAACCAAUACGACUGGGAACACCCCUAAACCCUAUCUGGUAGGAGCAAAGCACCUGUCUGUCUGUCUGUCUGUCUGUCUGUCUGUCUGUCUUAUUCUUCCUCCUACUGUACCACUGUCUGGUAGCGUUGUUGUUGUUGAUUGGUGCUGUCCUUCCCUCCACAGACAUUGCAGUGCCAUAAUAAGACUGCUCCCUCAUAGCCACAGCAAGGGCUGUCAACAGACAACAGGUAUGCUGCAGAGCACAUGUGAUUAAACCUCUUUCACUCCAAUGUUGGUACCAAAUGGGCUGAUGGUAUAGAGUGCCUGUAAGUCAGUUGAUCUAAUGCAGCACUGUAAGUAAUGAUUUGUUUUGUGUCCAUAGGAACGUGUGUCUGUGGGAUACACUGGUGACUACAAUGAACAGCCUAGUGCACGGUAAGGCCACAACUCUAUUUAAAUUGAUUUAAAGCUUUGAUGAGGCUCUUUCUAAUGAAUCCAAUAAUUCACCAACCAACGAUACUACAGACAGUAGCCAAGUUACAUUUGAAUUAUGUUCCUAAAAGAAACUCUUUCUCUCUGCCGCUUUCUCUCUCUCUCUUCUCCUAUCUCUGCAGCCUUUAGUUGUCAUGAGUCGCUGGCCCCCAGGCAGCAGCUGCUGAUUACAGGUGGCAGGAAGGGCUGGAUCAGCGUGCUGGAGCUCCCCCACUGGCGCCAGCGCCAGAGCGUCCAGGCCCACGACUCCCCCGUCAAGGCCCUGGCCGUGGACCCCACCGAGGGCUGCUUCAUCAGUGGCUCCGCCGAGAGCAACAUCAAGGUGUUCUCCCUCACUAGCUACAUAGCAACCUCAUUGCACAUGUUUGUUGUUUGACUCACAUCAGGUGACUUGGGUUAGGAUAGGUAAAAAACAAGGGUUGUGGGUGGGUGGGUAUAUCGGUGGAAUUGGGAGAAUUCAGGGGGGCAGUCGAAGGGAUUAGGGUAGUUGUAAACGCCUUCACUAGGGUGGUUGGAGCAGCCUAUUGCAAAAUCAGACCAAAAAUAAAAACAUUCUCUCAGGAUUAGGAAAGAUAUUUGGAUCCCUAUAGCAUGUUGAUGAUAAAUCGAAUGCAAGGUAUAACAAAAAGUCUUCCUGUGUCUGUGCGUGCCUUGGUACUGUAGCUCCACCCCUGAUUGCGCAGUGUUGUUGCAGGUGUGGGGCCUGUCCACGCAGUGCUUACUGCACCAGUUCCCCAACGAGCACGCUCGCCAGUCCCUGUUCCGGAACCUGGGCACAGGCGUGAUGCAGAUCGAGGUGGGCCCGGCCAACCACAUCUUCUCGUGCGGCGCCGACGGCACCAUGAAGAUGAGGAUCCUCCCCGACCACUUCAGCGUCAACAACGGCAACCUGAAGAACGACGUCAAGUUCAUAAUCUAA